GGCCUUUCCAGGGACGAUGCCGUCCGCCUUCUCAGUCAGCUCUUUCCCUGUCAGCAUUCCUGCCGUGAUCACGCACCUGUUUCUGUGAGGCCUUGGGGAAGGGCUCUGGAUGCUCAGGAGUGAGGGACCACUGCCCUCCCUGACCCAGGAGUCGUGAAGCCUGGCCCCCGUUUGAGUUGACGACCAUGAGAUGAUGAGUUUCAAGCGGUGUGUCUUACAGCAGGCAGACUGGACCGAGCCCUGGCUCAUAGGGCUGGCUGUCUUCCACAUACUGUGCCUGCUGCUCACAUGUCUGUCAUCCCAGAGGUACGAAGUACAGGUUGGACAUUUCCUGUGCUUAGUAAUUUUAGUGUAUUGUGCUGAAUAUAUCAACGAAGUAGCAGCAAUGAACUGGAGGUUAUUUUCAAAAUACCAGUAUUUCGAUUCACGGGGGAUGUUCAUUUCCAUAGUGUUUUCGGCACCACUGCUGCUCAACGCCAUGAUCAUUGUGAUUAUGUGGGUCCGAAAGACUUUGGAUGUGAUGGCUGACCUGAAAACCCUACAGGAGAAGAGAAGAGAAAGGAAAAGAAAAGAAGAGUGAUGCCGGAACGGUUGUGGUGGUUUUCUUGGCGGAAUUCGGUUUUCCUUCGCGUCGUCGUUUGUGGGCUUCCUUAUUAGCGCCCACUCAUGUCUGUACGGAGCAUUCGCGCCAUCGAGCACACCUUACAAUUGCUCUUCAAAAUAAAUGCUACCAUCCGUG